GGGAUUGCAGAGGGCUCAAACCACCUGCCCAACUUAGUCAGCGAAAGAGGGAAGGAAGGAGGAAGGUACCCUCAUCAUUGUCUACUGCUGCCCUCUGCUUCCUACUGCGUUCAAAUGUAUGCUGAGAAAGUUGUGACAGAGGGAAAGAUGGGGAGCAGGGGCAUCUCUCUGACCUGCGUGUUGACCCCCUGGAGGAUGAUCGGGGUGUGUGUGACAGUCAUGACCCUGGGAGCCAUCGGAGCUGCUGUCUGGGCCGUAGUUACAUAUUGCACAAUGGAGGAAGACACAGGGCUGUAUGAUGUCCAGGUAAAUUCUCCUGACCAGCGCCUCCGAGUCUUCGACUCUGCACAGAGGAGAUGGCGUCAGGUGUGUUCCUCCUCUGCCAACGAACGUCUAGCAAAUAUUGGCUGUGAAGAAGUUGGAUUUGUUAGUGUUGUAAAUUACUCGGUGGUCUCAGUGCCAGAGGCCAGCGGUGAUGUCGGAGAGUUCUUCUGUGUCAGGGAGGCAGAGCUCAUCUAUGGCAAGAAAAUCAAAGAAUCUUUGUAUCCAUGCGACUGUGAGAGCAGGGAAGUUCUCACACUUUUGUGCCAAGACUGUGGCCGGCGUAGUUUUGCCGCAGAUCGUAUAGUUGGUGGUGUGGAUGCGAGGCAAGGCAGCUGGCCGUGGCAGGUCAGUUUACAGUACGACGGUGUUCAUCAGUGUGGAGGGUCCAUCAUCUCAAACCGCUGGAUUGUUUCUGCAGCUCACUGCUUCCCAGAGCGCUAUCGGUUUGUUAACCGCUGGCGUGUUCUGCUGGGCUCCAUCUACAAUAAACCGGUCAAUGCUAAUGUGGCGGAGGUGAAAACCAUUGUUUACCACAGCAGCUACCUGCCGUUUGUAGAUGCCAAUAUCGACGACAACAGCAGGGACAUCGCUGUUCUGGCCCUUGCCCAGCCCCUCACUUUUAAUGAAUACAUCCAGCCCCUCUGUCUGCCAGCCUACGGUCAAAGACUGAUAGACGGACAGGUGGGAACAGUAACAGGCUGGGGAAAUGUAGGCUACUACGCUCAUCUAGCAGAUGCUCUCCAGGAAGCAAAUGUCCCCAUCAUCAGUGACGCUGUCUGUAAUGCUCCUGAUUACUAUGACAACCAAAUCACCACCAGUAUGUUCUGUGCUGGCUAUGAGAAAGGAGGCAUCGACGCCUGUCAGGGGGACAGCGGUGGUCCUUUUGUGGCGGCUGACUGUCUGUCCAAGAGUAGUCGCUAUCGUCUGCUGGGGGUGGUGAGCUGGGGGACGGGCUGUGCCAUGGCCAAGAAACCCGGAGUCUACACAAGAGUGUCCCGAUUUCUGCCCUGGAUUUCCACAGCCAUGAGGACCUACCAGAACUCUCCAGGUGUUCACAAGAUGGCCAGAACAUGAGAUUCCUGUACCGAGCUUGCAAAUCUUUCAAUUUGAAGAAAAUACAGACGUUUCCUGCAGGUGGGACUGUGGGACUGUGGUCCUACGGCGGGGGAUGAAACGCUGAGAACUCAUCCUCUUUUCACGGCUUCAAACUUCUAUUCUCACCUAAAUAUUUUUCCUAUGGAUUUACUAAUUUUUCCGAACCUUUGUGCAUUAGUAGAUAUCACCCAAUACAGGAUAAGAAACAUGACGUUUAUCAGUGCUGAGAGUGAACUUGAGCAGCAAUGUUAUUAAGAAGUUAUGAAGUGAUUUUGAAGUCAUAAAAAAGAAAUUAUAUAAGAAUAACUAUUCUGGAUUUUUAUUUUGUGAAAAGGAGAUUAUUUGACUAAAUUGUUUCCAGGAACUGAGUUUAAUAUAACCGAUGUGACUUCUGAGCUAAGUGGCAAUAAAUUGCACUAUGACUUAAAAAGCUCACAUACAUCUAAAGAAUUCUGGAAAUAAUUUAAAAUCUUCCAUCUCUGAGAAACUUAUUUUAUGUGGAGAAUUCAUUAAUUUGCUCCACUUGAGUCAAAGUCUUAAAAACUGGAUUUCCUGCAGCCGGAGCAGUUGGUCGACAGUUUAAACACUUUAACUAUAUUGAAAAAGCAGUUGUGCCGUCGCAGACAGUUAGAGAGUUUAAAGCAGUCGAAAUGCAGCUAACCCUAUAAAAAAAGAGCUAUAUUUUUCCAAAGUUACAGCACAGUAAACAUGUCGUGUUAUUGUACAAUAGGAACUCAAACUCAUGUGUGUUACCUGACAUUUUAUAUGCAGUACUUUGUCUUGUGAAAAAUAAUUAGCCAUAAAACAUUCAGCAUAUCUUAUACUUUAUACUGUAGCUAAUUUACUUUAAACUGAUGAAGGUGAUGGUAGUAUUCCAUAUUACAGUGUUUUGCUGUUGUAAAUAUAAGUCCAUGUCAUGUAUAUGUUGAUUUUUUUUCUACAUUUAACAAGAUUUACACGUCUUCACAGCCAAGAGUGCAAUAACAACAACAAUCAAGUUCUCAUAAAAUACAGACUUUACUGCUUUUUCUUGUGAGUUCAUAUUAUCAAAAAGGUAACGCCUUUCUCUAAUUAAUUGGUAUUAUUAUAUAUGUAUCAGGGCAAAAUUGAUAAAAGAUGUAUCUGGUCCUCACUUGGUUGUAAAAUGAAGUACAGUAAAUACAACUUUGGACGAACAACACUUUAUGACAUUUUACAGUUCACUGGGCCAUUAUUUAUUCAACAAAAACAAAGCCCAAUGUUAAAGCCGUGUGUGAAACCAGUGAGUGCAUCCCAUGAUUAAGCAGCUUCUAGAUUCACAUUUAGCAGCAAUAACAUAACAUAUAGAUGUUUUUAUAUUAAAUUAUCAGUGUGUUUUGUGGGUUUUGUUCCACUUCACAAACUUACUUUGGUUUAUUUAGGUUUGUUUGUUUAUUUUAAACACAACUUUCUUAAAGUUCUGCUGCAACAUCUCAGUCAGGUUGAGGCCCGGACUUUGACUGGGACUUUAGAGCCUGUUUCAUCUUUUUAGCGACUCUGUAGGUUUGCCGGUGAUUAUUGUGUUUUGGCCAAGCUUCAGCUGUCAGAGGUGCGGCUUCACAGCUGACUCUAAAGUCAUUUAUUACACAAAGGAGUUCAUGGUUCAUGGUGAUUCUGUGGUCCUGUGAAAAGUGCUGUAAAGCCCAGGUUGGACAGAGCGCAAGAGGACAGUGAUCUUUCAUUACACUGUCGAGUAAACAUGUUAAAUGGUAUAUUCUGCGUAAACAUCUGAUGGCAGCUCUGCAGAUAUCUCGCGGGGAUCUGCUGAAGGAGCUGGUAGCCAAAGCUAACUUUGAUUGACAUACAGUGAGCAUGUUUCCGUCAGUUUAUG